CCGGACUCAUCCUCAAUUCCCCUUUCCAUCAGUCCGCAUCCCUCUUGUUGCUCCCUCUCUUCUUCUCUUGUAUUCAUAGUUCAUUUUGCUUUUGUAUUUUAGCUCGAUUUAUUAAAAGUUCAUAAUGCUCUCUUCCCGAUUCUCGCGCGCGCUUCCUCGCGCUGCCUCAUUCGCACGCUCUAACGCUUUCAAAGUUCCCUCCACCACCUUCAGAAGAUGGGAAUCCACGGAGAGCUCGGAGAAGGUCAAGGGUGCCGUCAUCGGUAUUGAUCUUGGCACAACAAACUCUGCCGUUGCUAUAAUGGAAGGCAAAUCCCCAAAAAUCAUUGAAAACUCCGAAGGUCAACGAACAACUCCUUCCGUUGUUGCUUUCACAAAGGAUGGCGAGAGACUGGUCGGUAUUGCUGCCAAACGCCAGGCUGUCGUUAACCCAGAAAACACCCUCUUCGCCACAAAACGUCUUAUCGGACGUAAAUUCUCCGACGCAGAGUGCCAGCGUGACUUGAACGAAGUUCCUUACAAGAUCGUCCAACACAGCAAUGGUGACGCCUGGGUCGAGGCUCAGGGCCAGAAGUACUCUCCCUCCCAAAUCGGUGGCUUCGUCCUCCAGAAGAUGAAGGAGACCGCCGAGGCCUACCUUAACAAACCUGUCAAGAACGGUGUCGUCACAGUCCCUGCGUAUUUCAACGACUCCCAACGUCAAGCAACCAAGGACGCCGGUCAAAUUGCUGGUCUUAACGUCCUUCGUGUCGUCAACGAACCCACCGCUGCCGCUCUCGCUUAUGGUCUUGAGAAGGAGCAGGAUCGUGUCGUCGCCGUCUACGAUCUCGGCGGUGGUACUUUCGAUAUCUCCAUCCUUGAAAUCCAGAAGGGCGUCUUUGAGGUGAAGUCCACCAACGGAGAUACCCACCUUGGUGGUGAGGACUUCGAUAUCACUCUCGUCCGCAACAUCGUCCAGCAGUUCAAGAAGGAAAGUGGAAUUGAUCUCACUGGUGACCGCAUGGCCAUCCAGCGUAUCCGUGAAGCUGCCGAGAAGGCCAAGAUCGAACUUUCCUCUGCUCUCCAGACCGACAUCAACCUUCCUUUCAUCACUGCCGAUGCCUCUGGCGCCAAGCACAUCAACGUGAAGAUGACUCGCUCUCAGUUGGAAUCUCUCGUUGAUCCCCUCAUCUCCAAAACCGUUGAGCCUGUGCGAAAGGCAUUGAAGGAUGCUAACCUUCAGGCCAAGGAUAUCCAGGAUGUCAUCUUGGUCGGCGGUAUGACCCGUAUGCCCAAGGUUACCGAGUCUGUGAAGAGCAUCUUCGGACGCGAUCCAGCCAAGUCCGUCAACCCAGACGAGGCUGUUGCCAUUGGUGCUGCCAUCCAGGGUGCCGUCCUCGCAGGUGAAGUGACUGAUGUCCUGCUUCUCGAUGUUACUCCUCUCUCCCUCGGUAUCGAAACCCUCGGCGGUGUUUUCACUCGCUUGAUCAACCGCAACACCACCAUCCCUACCAAGAAGUCUCAGACCUUCUCCACUGCUGCCGAUUUCCAGACUGCUGUUGAGAUCAAGGUCUACCAGGGUGAGCGUGAACUUGUUAAGGACAACAAGCUGCUCGGAAACUUCCAGCUUGUUGGCAUUCCUCCUGCUCACCGCGGCGUCCCUCAGAUCGAAGUCACCUUCGACAUUGAUGCUGAUUCUAUCGUCCACGUCCACGCCAAGGACAAGUCCACCAACAAGGACCAGUCUAUCACCAUCGCAUCGGGCUCUGGUCUCUCUGACUCUGAAAUCCAGAACAUGGUUGAAGAUGCUGAGAAAUACCGUGCUCAGGAUAGCGAGCGCAAGGCUGCCAUUGAAGCCGCUAACCGCGCUGACAGCGUCUUGAACGACACCGAGAAGGCCCUCAAAGAAUUCGAGGAUCGUCUCGAUAAGACCGAAGCCGACCAGAUCAAGGAGCGAAUUGCUUCUCUCCGCGAGUUCGUCGCCAAGAGCCAGUCUGGCGAGGGUACUGCCACUGCCGAGGAGCUCAAGCAGAAGGUUGAUGAGCUCCAGACUGCCAGCUUGUCCCUCUUCGACAAGAUGCACAAGGCUCGCCAGGAAGAGAGCAACCAGCAACAACAACAAUCCCAGACCGGCGAGGCCUCCGGUGAAGAGAAGAAGCCAUGAAUGUCCAGCUCGGUGUAAAUGAGGUAUCUCAAAAGUAAUGCGCUUACUGAACGCUAAUGCCUCCAUUUGUACUAGUCUAUUGUCACGUCAUGGUUAUUUGUUUUCUUCGUUUCGUUUCCUGUGUCCUUUAUAUCUAGCCUUUUUUUUUUAUUCCCUAUUGGCUCUUUCCAUUUACCUGUAACCAUACAAGCUCUGCUUUUUUUUUCCUCCGAUAUUUACGGGUAUACAUCCACGGGUGUUGGAGUUUUUUUCUUGGUGGUUUUAAAACAUGAGACUUGUGUUUAUCGUGCAAAAACUUUAUGCAUGGGUUCCGGAAGGGCGGGGAGUUCAAGGGCAAUUUUUUUGAUGGGCAAAAUGGUUCUGGCUGGCCCGUUCAAAAAAAAGGAUCAAUUCUUUGUGCCUCCCGUGUCUAAUUCAUCCACGGCGUACUUCUAUCUAUACUCUUGAGAGCCUGCGAUUGCGGCUUAGGUUCUUUGGAGGAAGGUCGAGGCCGUCUGUGGAAUAUAGGAAUUCUCCUCUCCUGAUGUAUAUUUUAUGAAUCUUCUGUUGAUGAAAUCAUUCGAUACUUCAA